AUGAUUGCUGUCCAAGAUACCAAAUUUUUAUCCGGGAGCGAAUCGAAAAUAGCUCUAGCCUUUCUCAAGUCGCCACACCUAGCAUACAUGCUAAUCAACGAAUUAUUCAAAUACGGAUUAAAUGCAAACCCACGAUUUAUUAUUGUUUUUUCCACUUCAAUACCGAUUUUUCGGGCGCCGAGAUUAGCGCAAGACGACAGGACACCGACAAGUGUCACCUCGUCGGGGCACAAACCGAACAAUUUCAUAUCUUCGUACAAAUCCAAAACCUCCUUACAAAGCCCGUUUUGCGAGUACCCAGAUAUCAUUGCGUUCCAAGAAAUCAAAUUCUUCACCAGCAUCUCGUCGAACAGCUUCCUCGCCAGUUCAGUACAACUCCCGCACCAAACCCAAGCAAUGAAGGGACAUUCCCAGAGGCAGGUGCACUGGGGUACUGCACCCGGGAACCAAUCCCAAAAUCGUGACGGCAUUAAACGGCACGUUUUUGGACCUCAUAAGGCCGAAAAAAAGCAGCCCCAAACUGCGGUUGGGUCAGGAAUUUCGUCGAACGCUUUGAGGGCACUCUCGGGUGAAGAGAAUUUGCAGUACAUGGAUAUCAGAGCCGUCUGCACGAAGGGCUCCAGGAGGCAGCCGGACUUGAUGACGGCGGCUGAGGACUUGAGAGUGAAAGGGAAGGUGAAGGCGUUUGGGGCGACGCCCGAGCGCAGCAUUUGGCGGGCGUGGCUGUAUUGGCCGCUUUUGGAGAGGUCCCUCAGCUGCGUGUUCCAUUUUCCGGCGGCGGCGGCGGCAAUGGCGGCUGUUGUGAUGCGCAGCGGCAAUCUCAGCCGACUCAUGGAUGAUGGGACCCACCCAACAUGGAGUACAGAGGUCAGUCACACAAGCAAUCACAACAAACCAAGUAAAAAGUGGAUAACCAAACCUUCUAAGAUCCCUCGUGAAAAAGGGGUGUCCCAAAGCUUCUCUUGCUUUAAGCCGCGCGCUAGGGUCAUACCUCAAAAGUCCUUGCAAGAGAUCAAUUAA